AUGUAGAAAUCUAAUUAUACAAAAGAAAAUUUAGAAGAAAUUGAAUAAAGUUUUAGACCUACUAUAAUGAAUAAUCCUUUUACAUUUAUGUCAACAAUAGAAUAGGGAAUAAGACAUAGAAAAAUUACAAAUGAGUCAUUAGCAGAUAAAAUUUAAUUUUUAGGAAUAAAAUUAUCAAAAUAUUAAAUAUAAUCUGAGAAAUUAAUCUUUGAUCAUAAUAAUGAAACAUCUUAAGAUAAAACAGAAUCUAGCGAUGAUUCAGAAUUAGAAGUUUCUUUAGAUAACUUUUUGGAUAGUCCCUUGAAUCAUAAUAGUAAUAAUGUAAAUAAAAUUUAGUUAGAAAUAUUAUCAAAAACAAAAAACCAUCUAAAAGAAAAAGAUCUCUUUUGGAGAUAUCAAAUUAGUAAAAUAAUUAAAAUUACUUUUUUAAUGAUUUACCUUCAGAUUAAAAAUGUAAAAACUAAAUUUUAUUAUAGAAUUAUCCACAGGAACAUUAGUUAUAAUAAAGAAAAUUCGAGAUGCUUUUCACAUAACUUUAUUUUUUUAACCAAUUUUAAAAAUUUUGGAAUUUUCAGCAAAAAAUAUGUUGUUAAGUUAUAGUGUUUCUAUUUGUGAAGAGUUUCAUAUGGAAUUAAGAUAAGAUAAAGAUUAAUUUGCAAAUUAGAAAUUGUAAAAGUUUUCAAAAAAUUUAUUUAUGAAUUCUAUGAUAUUUUAAGCAAUCGAAAUAAGAUAUUCUUAGAUUUUAAUUGGAAGAUAUCUAUGCUCAAUCAGAAUGAUUGAUGUUGAACAUUAAGAUCCUGUUGUUUAAACUACGAAUAUAGAAAAAUAAGAAAAAAAUGAUCAAUAAUAAUCUAUUCAAUUACAAAAAACGAUUCUCAUAGAUUAAAAGUUAGAUAAAAUUUCUAGAAAAGACUCUGUUAAUGAAUCAAAUAAUAAGAAACCUUAGACAGUCAUAAAAAUGAAGUAGUAAUCUAAAAGAAAUCUUAGAAAAUAGGAUUCUCUUCAAGUUAAUUAACUACAUUAAUUGAAUAGAAAAGCUGUGCAAUCUGGAGAUUUUUCAAAUAAUCUAUAAAAGUCAAAUUAAUAAAAUUCCAAUUUUUUCACUUAAACUUCAACUGUUUUAAUAACAAAACCCAUAUAUCUUAAUAAUCUAUGUUUAGGGUUAUGAGUUCAAAACAUAUUGAUUUGAAUAGUUCUUUAUAGGAUAUAAGUUCUUCAUUAAGUUCUUCAUAAAAUGAAGAAACCCUUAAUCUGUUUAAGUUUUAAACACACCAUAAAUAUAAUUGCAAUAAAUAUUCUAAGCAUCCAAUUAAAUAUACUCUAGUCUAAAUCUACAUAAUUUGGAUGAAGAUUCUUAGUAAGAUUUAUAUGUGUUUUAUAAUUCCAGUCAUUUAAAAAACAAAAUAGUAUUUUUAUUUGAAUAAUAUUAGAAUUGCUUAAGUAUGUACAUGAAUUCAUUAAGAAUGAGAACUCAAAUUAUGGGAUCUUCAAGAAAUAAAAUUAGAUUAAAUUUAAUAAAUUAAAUUGGCCAUCUAAGAUCAUAAAAAUACAGAAGUAAGUUAAUUUUGUUUAAUAAAUAAUAGUUUAUUGAUAAUAUCUAAUUUAUUCCUGAAACUCAACUAGACACUCCUAUUUAAAAUUGAAAUACGUUUCUUAUUUUAGCUGCUUAAUGUGGAUGUAUCAAAAUUGUGCAUGACCUAAUAAAAAAAGGUGCAGAUAUCAAUAUUUAAAAUUUAUGGUAUUACUAAAGAAGGAUGAUGGUAAUACUGCAGUUCAUUUAGCUUUGGCAUAUGAGCACUAUAAGAUUGCGGAUUUGUUAAUGGAAUCAGGAGGAAGUACUCAUAUAAUAAAUAGAAAAGGAUAAAAUGCAUGGGGAAUAUUGUGA